UUACUCAUCACUUACUUCACAUACUAAGAGAGUUAUUAGAACUUGAAAAAAAUGGCUUCCAAGGCUUUGAUUCUGUUAGGGCUCUUCGCAGUUCUUCUCGUCGUCUCCGAAGUGUCUGCCGCAAGGCAGUCGGGCAUGGUGAAGCCAGAGAGUGAGGAAACUGUGCAACCUGAAGGACAUGGUGGUCACGGAGGAGGCCACGGACAUGGAGGACACCACGGAGGAGGGGGCCACGGACUUGACGGAUACGGAGGUGGACACUACGGAGGAGGAGGCCACGGACACUACGGAGGAGGAGGAGGCCACGGACACUACGGAGGAGGAGGAGGCCACGGACACUACGGAGGAGGAGGAGGCCACGGACACUACGGAGGUGGAGGACACCACGGAGGAGGAGGCCACGGGCUUAACGACGAACCUGUUCAGACUCAGCCGGGGUGCAAUUCCUUCCUAAUUCCAAGCUCAUCCAGAUCUUUACGAGCAUCAAGACUAUCUUUAGAUUUCCCACAAUGCAAUAAUGUCGAUACAAUACUCGCAAUCACAGGGCUGAAAUCACAUGAUUAUCAUGUGCUAAUGCAACAGCUUCUUCCCAUUGCACUUAGAGGUUUGUUACCUAAAGGUCCUAGGGUAGCAAUUGUACGCUUAUGCUCAUUCUUCAACCACUUGUGUCAGCGAGUAAUUGAUAGGGAGCAAAUUUUGACAUUGGAUGCUGAGGUUGUUGAAACUCUCUGCAUGUUUGAAAGAUUUGUCCCUCCAAGUUUCUUUGAUAUCAUGGUAAACUUGACGGUACAUUUAGGAAGGGAAGCUAGACUAGAGGGGUGCAUUGGUGAGUGUUAUCUUGCUGAAGAAUGCAUCCAGUUUUGUAAUGAAUUUUGGGAGAAGACGACAAAUGUUCAAGAGAAGGCAGAUAGAAACACUGAGUAUGAGAAUAACUCUAUUCUUGAGGGGCGUCCUAUAUCUACAGGAAAGUCAAUUUCUCUCUCUGAAAUGGAGAAGAAAAUAGCCCAUAUGGCUGUCAUCCAAAAUAUGGCUGUGGUUGAUCCUUAUGCGGAGUCUAGUGCUAAGGACACUUCACAAGUGGUGGAUUUAGUAUCUUACUACGGGAGAGUAACUGAUAUUAUCUUGUUGGACUAUAAUGUGUUUUAUGUUCCUUUAUUCCUGUGUCAAUGGGCAGUGAAGGGCAAUGGAGUAAAAGAAGAAGAUGGUUUCACACUUGUUAACCUGAAUCAUAGUCAAGUUAGUUUUUCAAGGGAUCCAUACAUAUUAGCCUCUCAAGCCAAGCAAGUUUUUUACUCAAGGGAAGACGAGUCAUCAAGUUGGUAUGUUGCUAUGAGAGGUCCUUCAAGAAGAUUCAGUCAGAAAGAUUUUCAAGCUGGAAAUGCAGACAUUAGUCCAUUACCAGCCAAUAUUGACAUGGGUGUUGACUUGGAUGAAGCAGAAAAUGAGAGAACUGAUUUUUUCAAGAUUAGAAAAGCCAAGACUAACCAACAGAGGAUGAAUCUGCGACCUAAGAAUGUUUCUCCAUUUGAAUGGCGUAAAUUUAUGAAGCUCAAAACUAGCAAAGAAUUCAAGAGAAAGGCAGCUGAGAUUGUUAAUAGUGAUGCUCCUUCAUCUGCGAUAUUUGAAGCACAAGAUUCACUUAGCCAACUAUUAAGACCUGAUAAUCCUGGUCGAUUGAGGGUAAUGUGUAGAAACAUGACUAAGACCAAAUUAGCUUGUUUCCAAGUGAAGAACAAAUGUAUGGAUGAAAUGCAAGAGAAACAAGCUAAUCUCCAGCAUAAGGUCAAUGAGUUACAAGAUGUAAUUGAAAAAAUGAAGAGCCAGAGACAAGAUUCUGAAGUUGGUGAAACUCAGCUGCAGCUAGAAUCACAACCAAAGUGUAUCUUGACUGACUGGACUAGUGGUGAUGCAAAUGUUGCUGAGGAGCGUAUUAUUACUUCUGAUCCGAAUGACUUAGUGAAUGAUAGUCGCUUAGGUCCUACAGAUGUUAAAGUUUUGGUUGAGAUUGCUAUUGUACCAGAGGCAUUCCUUUGGAGACCUGCGAUUAACAUGUUCACAAUUGAGAAAGUUGUUGGACAGAUGAUUGCUUGGCCUGCCUCUAAGUGUGUUAACCUAGAACAGGAGCUCCAAUCAGAAGACAUUGCACCACUGGGCCAAAGAAGUAAUUCAUCGAACAAAUGCAAGCUACUGGAUUUGACUUCAGAUGCUGUGAUUGUUGCUGAAGGACGUUGGCAGACCCAAGAACAGAAUGCAUUAGUAAAUGGGCUUACUCUCGGACCAAAUGCAGUGAAAGUAUUUGUUGAUGUGCGUAUAAAUGGAGCUGAGGUCAUCAAAGAAAAACAGAAAUGCAAGUUGAUGGAUAUUGGUGGAAGGAAGCAGGUUGUUGCUGAAGGACGUGUGCAUUCAGUCGACCUAGACACUAAGGUCCACUAUGUUUGCUUGGGGUCAAAUACAGCUAGAGUAUGGGUUGAUAUAGUGAAGAUAGAUGAUGAAGCGGUUUGGAGGCCAUCAGAUGAAAUCGAGUACAUGAGAGAUGCACUUGGUUCAUCUAUUGCAUGGCCAAUGGAUAAGUUGGUCAUCUUCUGAGUUUAAGAAUAGGGGAAUGAAGAAACUUUGGUCCAGGUUUGCUAGUUUUAAUUAAGUUUAAGACUAAGCUAAUCAUCAACUUAUGACUUUUUAUGAAUUGUGUUAUGUAUUUUGCAUUAGGACUUGUGUUAUGUAAGAUGAAUGAUUUUCUAGACUUUUGUAUGUUGGAUUGGAAUCAUAUUUAUGUGAAAUGACUUUUAUAUCUAUAUGUUCUUGUUUAUAGUAUGCAAUAUGACAGGAUUAAAGUAUAUAGCUUUCU